AUGCCAGCUUCACUAACGAAGGUUUUAGUUCUUAUUUUGUUGAAUAUAUGUGCCGUUCUGACAAAGAACGAUCCAAUUGUUUUUAAUUAUUUGGCCCUCCCAGCAACUAUAGAUCUUGUUAAAGCCGGAUUUGGGAAAGGAUUUUACAUGAAGGAUAUUAUUGUGUUUAAUGGGACGAUUCUUAAGGAGCCCGACCAAUUUACAAUUAAUUUGUUUGAGGAUGGUGUGAUGCUGAAAAAUGCUAGCGUUCAAUUCCACUUUAAUGCGUGCUUCAAAUCAAAGCUGGUAAUAAUUUCAUACUCAUUUUAA